AUGGCUAAAAAAUCGAGGAAUAAUCAGCGCAAGACUGCAGCCAAAUAUGAACAUACAUAUGAUAAGGCAACCAGCUUUAUUACUGUCAAGAAUGUAAGGCAAGAUAGGGUAGUAGGCAUAUUUGAUUAUUCUAAGCUAUGUGAAUAUCUGGAGUCAGGUGCUCAUCAUUAA